AUGAGACUCACAGCCGAGCUUGUGCACAACUCGCUCUCAUAUCUCAAUCCGCUCAAGGAGCGCGAACUUGACCUGCGAGGUCACAAAAUCCCUGCUCUGGAGAAUCUGGGUCUCAUCACGGUACGUUCGCCUGCACGCAGUCCACGCGAAUCCAGACACAGCGCUGAUGCGAAUGCGCCGCCANNGAACGAAGAUGCCAUCGACUUUACAGACAACGACAUUCCUGCUCUCGCAAACUUUCCCAAGAACCACAGGCUGAAGGCCUUGUACCUUGGCCGAAACCGCAUCACUGCCAUCACCCCCGGCCUGCACAACUCCAUUCCGAACCUCGACACGCUUGUCUUGACCCAAAACUCCAUAUCCGAACUCGGCGACCUCGAACCCUUGGCCGACUUGAAGAAGCUGACACACCUGACUCUUCUGGAGAACCCCGUCGCCUCGAGAGAGAAGGUCAAGGAUGCAGAGCGCAGCAAGGCUGCCGAACUCUUUGGCACCGUCGCCGAACCUACCGAACUCGCACAAAAGCUUCUCUCUUCGCGCUCGUCAAGAUCACUCAAUACCGCCUCAACAGCCAAUGCAAAUGGCACCGACAAGAUCUCUAGAGUCAAGUUGACUGACAAGGAGAGAAAGCGCAUCGAGGAGCUGAUCAGGAACGCAAAGACCCUGGCUGAGAUUACUCGUUUGGAGAAGGCUCUCAACGAAGGUAGAAUACCUGCAGGCGUCCUUGACGAUGCUAUGGAUACAUCAUGA